GCAUCGACUUCCAGAAGCAGAAUAGGCAGCGACUCGAGUGCAUGGGUUAACACGUCCUACGUCAAGAAAACAGGUGGCGAGCUUGCACCGAUAGCAGGAAGAAACGACAAUGCCGCCUUUGACUACGGUGAUCGCGAUUGCCGUCAGCUGUUCCGUCAUCUUCAUCGUUUCGGCCAUAGUUGGCACGGUCAUUUGGAUAAGGGUCCGUCAGGAUCGCUUGUCGCUGGCUGUGGCAAACGCGAAACAUGAUGGAUAUGCCCUGCAGCAAUACCACGGCGAGACGCUGACGGAACUAUCGAGGGAAGAGGGCACCGCGUUACGACAGUAUGGACAGCUUCCAUACGGAAAGCCGUCCGAAUGGGGAGUACUCUCAUCUCGGGAGAGUCUCAUCCAGUCCCCAAUCGAGUCCGACACGUCGUCUCCCUUGGAGGAAAAAGCCCGUGAGAUGCGCCGUUCCCUCACCCGAUCCCUGUCGAGCCGAUCAGCACGAUUGUCCAGACACCUUCUCGGGUCCCAGCGCCUGAGUUCGCUGUCCCCGCUGACAGAGCGAUCGGAGAAGCGCCAGUCUGCUUCGCCGACAGUGUCCGGUAUUGAUGAAGGUGUGACCAACUCCGCGGUCGAGGGAGCAUUCGAACUGGCAACGGAGACCACCCCGAGACACACGCCCGACCGGGAAGAGGAGCAGAUCAGAGCGAACAUGACCAUCCGACCAGUCUCCGGAGCGUGGCCAUUGAUGCACCAAAGGGAACGGUCUGGUAACCUGUAUCCGCUCAUGGAGGAUAAGCCAGAUGGGCCGCCCUACAGUAGUAGCGGGCUCCGAGGGGGAAGCAUCACGUCCCAGACGGCCGGAGCUGCCCCCGAGCAGCCGGUCCCUCCGCCGCCGUGUGCUUACCCCCCGAAUCGCUUUCGUCUCUCCAAGAAUGAUACUACCGGGCUCUCAUCGCUGAGUCUCGAGACCGCCGACAGCUCCAUUCUGGAAGAUAGCCGGCGUACAUCGACCAAUCUGGACAGUACUUUUACCUCGCCAGCGUUACCCCCUUGCCCCACGUUCGCCCCGUUUGAUGCCAACGAUGUCGGGCGAAUGGAAUAUGAUCGCAGAGGGCGUACCACACCCGGCCCAGUCGUGCCAUCUCCAUUCGUUUUCCCUGCAUCGGCUAGCGCGAUGUGGGAGGGCCAGAGGCUUGAACCAGACCGCACCUCUCCUCGUCGCAGCUUGACCACGCGAAGCCCGACCCAUUCGAUGGAACGCAUCAGCCCACCGCCACGCCGCAGCGAGUCUCUGUCUGAAAGCAAGUCUAGGCGGGACUCGUCCUUGUGGGUGAAGCCUCUAGACCUGAGUCGUCCCCCUUCGCUCAACCCGUCCGGAUCCAGUGGAGGCUUGUUGCCGCACUUCAGCCAAAUGCAGCGGCAUACCAUGCAUGGGGAUCAACGACGAGAGUUGGAUCCCUUCUACAAUGGGACAGGCAAUCCCGACACGAUCAAUGACCCCGCCUCACGGCAGAGGCCAGUCAGUGCUGGAAUGCAGGAAGUUCCCCUACAGGGCCCAGCUGGUCAUCUAAAACCGCCGCUGCCGUCUGCACUCAAAGGUGGCAAUGGUACGCGCAAGGGGCACCGCCGGCAGAACUGUGUCCGCAUCUCAAUCCAUCCACCCAUCACAUUCGGGGGCUCUGUUUUCUCUCCAAUGGCCGAGGAGCCUGAGCUCGAGAGCGGGGCCCAGGUAUCCAGCCUAUCCACACCUCAUAUAUCACUUCGCUCCAGUGUCUCUAGCUUUUCCGUGGACAGAAACAGCUACCAGGAUCAGCAUAAGGAACACCCGCGAAUCACAGAGUUGCCCGAUGAGCCGCCGCGCAACUCCCAGGGACCCCAGGGACCGCCGAAGCGAAGGGUGAAUCCGCCCACCGAUGCCACGGAUAGCACUCUCCGCAUUAUGGACCUUGAAAAGUCAUUGCCCGAGAUCGUCACGACUCUCCCGCCCCCCAAGAUUGAUACCAGUUUGUCGAGUACACCGUCUCCGGAAAAGAAUAGUCCGGUCUGGAUGAUCCCGAACUACAACAGCUCGCCGACGGGGUUCGAGAACUCUUCCAACCCCGGCAGUCCCCGUCGCUCCGCCGUCAAGGGACCGCGGCACCCUCCGCCGAAGUCGGCAGCACGCAACAGCUAUCGCUCCUUGAACACGCUUGAGGAUAAUGUCAGGGCUCCAUUAAGCCCCCCCGCGCGUCAACGCCCUCCAAACCAGAGAAAGGAGCAGGGACGAAGCGCAGCUGAUACAUCAAGGGACACUAGACAACUGAUAGGCCCACGGAGUCAGGCCCCCCCGGGGCACUCCAGCCGGAAUGAUGCCCCGUCGAUCAGACAGGGGCCGCCGCCGCAGCACCACCGACAGUCAUCGUCUGGCAUGUCCAAGCCACUCCUCGCGAACGGCGGAAUAAUUGUCCCUAUCUGGGAAGACAAGGCGUCCGAACGCAAAGGGCCCCGGCAGUCGUCAGUCGCGCCCAGUGAGCCCUCUGGCAACUACGGCAAGGCACCACGAGCGGAACGGCAAAAGAGCCACGGGCCCGCGGACAAAUCGCCGGGCAAACCCAACUACGCUGCCCGACAAGGGUUUCGCACCCCGACGAAAAAGCCGGUGGGAUUGGGGAUCGGCGCCGCGACCCCGGCGAGCUUGUAUGACGGUGACGGGUUUCUGAAGGAGUAGGUGCUGUUGCUCCGGAGGGUCCGGAGAUUCGUUUCUUGUCUGUCUCCUUUGCUUGGUUAGCAUGCGGGCGUGUCUACUAUUCACUGUAAAGAUAAGCGUAG